UUUUUUGAAGAAAAGGCAAGAAUAAAGGAUGUUAACCAAGAAGUUCGAACAGUACCAAGCCACUAUGUAUGGUGCACAGCUGAGGGGACACCACCCAUUAACAUCUCUUUGUUGCAGUCCUUCACAAACCUUGCUCUUAGAGUCGGACUUGUCUACGGCAAAAUACAAAAGACGGGAAAUUUUACUUGUAGAGCUAGAAAUGAGGCUGGCACAGACUCGAGAGAUUUCUCAGUUGUUAUUGGUAAGAAUAUUGAAUAAACUUAACAAUAAAACAGUAAAAAAUCAUUCAAAGUCAGAGACUGCUCACAGAAUUGCCUAAUUUUCCGUAAGAUCGUCGGGAUCGAGCACCUUCCCUCAUGGGUGGCCAUCUUGGCCUCAGAUGUACCGUGUUUAGCCUUGGGAGGAGUAUCAAUUCUACUGUGUGCUUGGACGGCGUUGAACGGUUUUGGAGGAGACGAGAAAAAAUAGAUUGACUGUCAUUACUGUAGUUUACGUCCCUACAGGGGCCGUAACAGGGAUUUCACGCCUUUUACCAUUCAUUAAUCAACAACACGUUUACACGCACACAUGGCCAUCUCGCCUUCCUUUUCCAUGAAAUAAGAAUAUCUAAUGCAGGCUAAUUACAGCUUGCUAACUGAAUUUGUGUGCUGUAAUUCCUGCCACUAGCUUGUGUAAGUUUUAAAACUCCUUAAUUUUACUAUCCUUUGCUUAUUCCCUUUUUUAUUUUCCACUUGUCUAAAGCUUGCGGAGCUCCCUGUCGUAGUGAUGGAACUGCAGUAUUGGGUCAGAUAGAAAACACGUAUGACUGUAGUAGGACGGAGUCGACGGUUUCAGUUUUGAAGUGCGUCCCUACGACGACCACAACAUUGUAAGCUCUCAAAUUUAGUACGUUACUGCUAGACUGUAUACUUGUUUGUAUCUAUCUUAGUUUCAAACUCAGGAAAGAGAGUUGCUACAGUUUAGCGCCAAGAACUUAAAAGAAGAUUAAGAUCUUAUUAAUAAGUCUUAUUUGAUUGCAUCAGGGUAAUAAAAGAAACAACAAAAUGUUGCUACAAAUAGUGUACUUGAGUUUCUUUAGAGCGUAUUACACCAGUGCUCUUGUCAUCUUGGUCAUACAUUUUAUUACAGUGACGCGCAAUUACAGAUAAGCACUUGGAUGACCAAUAUUUCCUUAAACCUGAAGUGUCCCUUUGUGUUUAGUAAAUUAUUAAUGAAUAAUUAUUAUCAUUUGCAACCCUUCCCGCAUAAUUCCGGAAACGAUUAUAGUUCAAUAUACAAUUAACAAAGCUUGUAUCCAAAGAAUAAACCCUUUGAAAGCAAAAAGGAAUCGUACGAACUGCUGUCUUUACCACCAGUCUUCUGCGGUCUAUUGUUUCAUAUGCGCGCCGUCGAUCUGUAAAAAGGAGGGUAAAAAUAAAGGAAAGGGAGGUGAAUUUGCGAUGUCCUAAAUCAGUUCCUCAUUCAUGAUAAACUAUAUAAUAUGACCUGGGUAUCUUUAUAUGGGAACGUAAAUAUGUUAUCUUCUAAAUUAAUCAGUAUGAUGAUAUAAUUAUUCGUUGUUGAUGUAGAAUAUCCAAACACACGUUAGUCGCCUUUAUCAUACACAUUUUCUUACAGUGAGGAGUGAUUACAAAGACCGAAACUGAGACCGAAGUCUCCUAAGUGCAAUAAACAGAUUGAAAUCAGUUCGCGCUAGUAGUCGGCCUUGGUGCUUAAUGAUUUAAAAUUUCUUUUCGGUCUUCUUGAAAAAAAAGGUUUCCUGAAAACUUCAAUAUAGUGUUGAAACAAAGCUUACGAAUAUUAUCAUACAAUAUUCUUAUUUCUUUUGACUAUCUAUCGCAUUGAUACGAGUUGAGAAGGAAGGUUAACGAUGUUGUGCGUUCUUUCGGCAGUAGCAGGUCUUGAGCCACAGAAAGUAGACUAAGCAGUCUUAUUAUUCAUUCAAAAUAUUUCUCCUUUUUUGAUUGGCUAAAAUUCCACGCAUAGUUCAUCAAAACCGACUAUUGUAGACCCAAUUUGGUAGAAUUUUGCCAUAAGUGAACCGAUGACGUCAAAAGUGCAGCAAAGUUGUAGAUUAUUGAACCGUUAACCGAGAAAACCUGGGGACGAGUUUGGGUUGUAGUGGUAGUGAGAACAAAAAUGGCGGACGUGUCACUCGUGUUCACCAGGAAGAAACAGGCGAACUUUGGGUUAAAAGCCUAGCAAGAACCGCAAGAAGACAAUUCGAAGGGCGACAUCUGCUAUUUGGAGAAUAUUUGCGGAGCUAGCUGAACAACCCUUUAGCUCCUAAACUUACCGAUUAACGUGCACUAUCGAAGAUGAACUUAACAUCGUUGCAGGUAAGCAUUUUUUAGCUUGUUUUUAAACUAGAAAUUAUUAUGAAUGAAUAAUAUAACAAUUAUUGAAUUUGGCUUUCGUAUCAUCUCAAGAAUUAUGGAGAUCUUGGAGGGUGUUAUCGGCCUCGAUCCGUAUGAUUUUUCAGAUGAUACGAAAACCCGAAUUCAAAAAUUGUUUAAUAUAUAUUCUGAGAAGAUCAAUAUUGACGCGUGACAUGAUUAUUACUGUGUUAUUUGAAGAUUUGUCCAAAGAAUCUUUUUUUUAAUUUCCGUUUUGGGGCCAAAUAGCCUUAUAGUUUUUGUAGGGGGGUAUACAGUAGUAUAGGGGGCACCGAAUUUACCCCUUUAGUCAAGUAGAAUAUCAUAAAUUUGAAAUGGAAUAUAUUUACAUGUUCUAGUAUAAGGCCGCCCGCUAUCCACCAUCUUUCGUGGUGACGUCGUCAGCAUCUGCAGUUCACAGAAUAACCCCAGCACCUAGGUAGAGUUACCCAGAAUACUGAUCGCAUUUGUACUUCUUGCAUUUUCAGGAAUUUAGGAUUUAAUAAAAUUACGAACCUGUCAACGGAAGCUUUUUCUCGACUGACUAGUCUUCAGAAGUUGUAAGUUUUACCUGAGUUUUAAUAUUUUUGUUAUUUUUUUAAGCACUUAUCGAGGGAAAACAUUUUCUGCUUUUUCGAAGAGGAAGCCAACUUCAGUAAAAAGACAGUGCUGUGUAAAUUACCUAACGGGGUUUGAGUGUACUUGUUAUGAUAUGAUAAUAUGAAAUUCCUCAUCAAUACUGUUGAGAAACGAAGUACAAACCCUUCCCUCAAGAACCCUCUUAGAGAAGGUUGCAGAAAGCAAAAUGAAAAAGCAAAAUGUUGUCCAUUGAAGUACGCUUACGAGACACUUGGAAGAAAUUAUCUAAUCACAACGUUUUUUGAAAACAGAAGAUUCUCAAGUCUUUUUUUUGCAAGAGGAACAAUGACAUUCAUUAAUCUGAGCGCUGUUUCCUUAAAGGUCAACUAGAUUUUAACGGUUUAAAAGUUUUCAACGGUUGCAGUGUUAAACCUUGAAUUUUAUCGGUAUGUUUGCCUGAACCUACAACCAAUUUAUUUACAAUCCUCUUGUGGAUUCGUAACUCUUCUUCUCUUCUUCUUCCACAACGCUGACGAAGUUUGAGUGAUUCGAACGAAAUAUUCCACGGUUCUUUUCCUCCACUCUCUAUUUGAAUUUUUGCCCUGAGUUCUAGAAUUUUCUGUACUAAAUACCUUCGCCAGAGCAAGUGAAAACCGUUUUGAUAAUUGAGAAUCUUUUGUAUUCAAAAACUUUGCGAUUGGAUAAUCUUCUUCCUAGUUCGAGUAGUCGCACUGUAAUGAAAGCUAGUCUUUCUACCAAGAAUAAUGUUUAUCUUUUUUUAUCCUUUCUUUUUUCACCCCAAACUGUUGAUCUCCAGGGUUCUUAGAGACAAUCUCAUUGUUGAACUUCCCGAAGCUUUGUUUUCCCAACUUAGGAACCUACAACAACUGUAA